CGUCCUACCUGCGAAGAGAGUGCCGUUUCCCUUGAACCGGUUGUGCCGCUUGUUCCGUGAAAGUAGUGCUGGUGAGAACAUAGGGCAGAACCCGGAGGGGUGUCAACGAGAAACGUUUCAGUGCACAGAAGCACAACGGAAGGAGUGUGUGUUGGGGGAAUCUAUCGGGGGACCAGACAAACAGAUUUCAUCUUUCAAAAAUGGUGAGUAGGGCUUCAUUGGCAAGGGAACUCGGUUCUCCCGCCGCGUUUUCUCUCGACUCAACACCUCGUGAGACGCGACGGAGUUCAUCUCGGGCAUCACGUAAAACCACCCGGGAACCUGAAUCCACUCACUCACAAUCCUCUUACUCUCUCCCACCCACGCCUGUGACCACCUCCUUUGACGAAUCUCUACCGUCAGCGAAACGGCGCAAGACGCAACGGUCUGUCAAUCAGACGGCGCAAACCCCGCAAGGAAAGGAGGAGGAGUCGGUGGAGACUCCGGGGUCCCUUGACUCUCCCCAACCCACGGAGAAUCUCCCCAAGAGGCGAGACCGCAACCGAAAGGCUGUCAACACGAACGCUGAACUGACUCCCAACACCAACACCGAAUCUCCCAGUGAACCCGCCACUGCGCAGGCCAAGUCGCGUCCGGAACAGUCGCAGUCGACUUUGCAUCACUUUCUCCUGAAGAAACCUCAGUCCAAGCGGCAUUCUCUGGCGACCACUACGCUCCCCACCGCUACUGUAACCCCGCGUGUUACUUCCUCUGCUUCCGCAACACCGCGUGCCUCGUCCACCUCCGCCUCUUCCCCUCGUAUGGCCUCGACGCCGGGCAGUGCUCGUAAGGAUCGCAAUUCGAAAUCCGCGAAACCCCCAGCUCAGAUCAAGACUGAACCGACACCCGCCCACCUCGCCCCCGCCAGCACGCCGGAUAACAGCAUAUCCGAUCCUCAAACCCCUGCGGCAUCAUCUCGCCCUUCCACCCCGCGAAACUCCACCAGCCGAGCGCGGCGUGCCGACCGCAAACCUACCAAAAAUCCCGCGACAUCCAGUCGGCUGAAUCCCGCCACGGGACAAACCCCAUCCACCGCAACCGAACCACGAUCCACCCCCACCACAUCAUCCAAAAUGGGUCAGGCCAAGUCCGUGCUUUCGCACGCCUCCCAGAAGGGAAGCGCCCGGCCGCAGCGCAGCAGUAGCCGUCGCUCGCGUGUUGAGGCGGGCACUCGGAGCUCAGCGCCGGACACCAACCACAAGAACAUGGCACAAACCAACCAUAAAGUUAGCGACUUUUCCUCGGGCGCAGAGUCCUCGACCCCCGCGUUGCCGAUUGGCCGGGAGAUCGCCGAGAGCAUUGAAUCCGCCACUCCGGUCUCCGACAACAAGAUCCUCGGGGGCUUCGGGACUCCCUUGCUGCCGGAUGACAACAACAACAACACCCCCGGAGCGAUUCCGUACGGCGACAGCUUCGACUUCGAGUACGAUGCCGAUAUGUACCGCAGCCAUUUCGGCCUGGACGGAACCACCGAGACCCCCGGCUCGCCGACGGGCAGCCUGACCACGGCCACCUCGGUCGGCAACCGCAUCUCCACCCGCCUGCGCAAGCCCACCAUCAAGGCCAUGGAGUCGAUCGAGUCCGAGCGCCGCUUCCGCCGGCCCCCGCGCUCGGCUUCCGCGCGGCCCGACGGGCCCAAGGGUCCGCCGCUCGAGUGGGACGCGGUGGCCUUGGGCAUUCGCAUCUUUGAGAUGGCCAACUCCGCCCUGGCGCCGGAAUUCGAGCCGGCGGCCGAUGCGGAGCAGUUGCUGGCCGAGCUUCGCGGAGCGUAUGACAUUGACCAGGCGGAGAGGGAGAAGCUGCGCCUCGAGCAGGCGCAGCGUGAGAAGGAGACGGAGAAAGAAAUUGAGAAGGAGAAGGCGACAGCGACAGCGACAGCGACUCCAGAGCCGGUCAACGGAUCGAAGGAGAUAGCGGAGCAUGAGACCGGCGGAAUGGAGAUGGACGAGACAGCGAACGGGGAGAAGACGGAAGGAGAGAAGGUGAACGGCAACCAGGAGCGUGAAGAGAAGCGGAACUCGGACCAGCGCAAGGUUGGGAAGCGCAACGCAGAGAAGGAAAAGGCAGCGAAAGAGAAGGCAGCGAAAGAGAAGGCCGAGAGAGAGAAGAUUGAGAAAGAGAAGGCCGACAAGGAACAGGCUGAGAAAGAAACGGCCGAGAGAGAGCAGGCCGAAAAAGAAAAGGCCAAGAAGGAAAAGGCCGAGAAGCAGCUCUCCGAUGCAUCAAAGACAGAGAAACGGGGUCGAACGACAAGGCGGGCUGCGGCAACUGAGCAGCAGCCGGCGACUGAGGCGAAGACCGAGGAAGAGGCGGGAGGGGCCAGUAAGCCAACCUCCCCAGCCGACCAGUCGAAGGAGUGGACUGACGCAGACGGCUUCACCUACACAGGCCGACUUAACCAGUUCGGCGAAGAACUGGUGUAUGUUGGCCGCGGGUACGAAUGGUAUCGGCCCAACAACACGUACGGCGAUGACAAGCUGCCGCUGCCUCCCGUCCGCCUCAUUUCGCGGGAGCAGCUGGAAAAAGACCGCAUCUUCGGCUUCCCUCCUCUCAUGGGGGAGAGAAACAUCCCCCGCGCCAGGAACAUGCCCUUUACCUAUGAGGAUGUCUUGGAGGAACGAGCCAAGAUCAAGGCCCGCGAGGAAGCGCGCAAACGCGGCAUCGAGGUCGACCGAUACAUGCCAUCGGCCUAUAUUCACGCCCUGAUUGCGCAGCAUGACAAGACUUCGAGUGACCAGGAGAGAUCCGGCGCUGGGGUGGAACCCAAGGGCCCAGCUCCGCGCAAGCGGCGCCGCGCUGCUGAGCAACCAACCGAGGCAGCCCAAGCCGCCAAACGCCGUCGAAAGGAGGACACUCCUCCAGCCGCGGGGGACCAGCCCAAGACUCUGCGCAUCAAAUUGACUCUGAAGGGGGCAGCGGCUGCAGCUGCAGCGGCGAAGGAGCCCAGCUCACCCAAUGAAGGAGGAUCCAAGAAGCGCACCCGUUCCGAGACAGAGGCAGCGCCUGAAAUGAACGGCACUACCAGCAGCGACACCCCCCAGAACCGGCCCACCAAGCUUCUGAAGCUGUCUGGCCUGCGCCGCGAUCCCGACUCAACCCCGGCCAAGUCGACGGCGAGUCCGGCCACGCCUGGGGGCGGGGAGACGAACACCACUGCACCUGCGCCUUCACCCGCCUCCGGCUCUCAGGCCGCGACUCCUGCCAACGACGCCAGUUCUACAGCCUUGGGCACUACUCCUGGAGGUCGGCCACGGCGACGAGCCGCAGCCGCCUUGAUGGCGGAGUUCCAGAAUCAUGCCGAACAGAGGGCUCGUCGCGCCAACGCCCGCAAGAAGGAGCCUGCUGCCUAGGGUGGCGGUGGUCUGCUGAGCAGUACGGUCUGGCUGACAGAGGAAGGAUACUAUUUUGAAGAGCAGGGUUCGAACGACCCGAUCGACGAAUGACUAUGAACCGACGGAAGGGGACGAAACGAGACGAUAAGAGUGGUAGAAGAUGAAGUGGGAAUGCGAUGGCCACCCAGCGAAGGCGGCCGGAUUUUUCGAACACGAAACAGAAUCUGGAGA